CGCACGCAUAUGCGUGGCUUCUCACCGCAUGCGUGUGCUAGUCUGUACGCGCCUUAAUGUGCAAAAUUCUUGCGCAGUAGAUUUUUGACACGUUCAACGGUAAGAGAUCAUAACCUCAUUUUCAGAUCUGUCAUGCAACCACAGUGCAUAUUUUGUUUUGAAUAACAUUACGUGUUUGUGAUACGUAUUGUGAACAAAUAAAUUAUAUUUAAACAUGUGUGAUAAUAUGACUUAGUGCGUGGCUAUUUUUGUGUGAUCAUAUUGGAGUCGAAGUGACCUACAAUUAUCUGCUAAGUUGGUCAGGAUAUAGGAGGCCUUUAUAGAAACAGGAAACAAAACCCCCUUUUGAUGAGAUGUUACUGAAUACUAAUGAGCUCCUUCAGUAGAAAAAUGCUACUAAAAUACGUGCGCUUAAGGAGAGUAUACAUAAAGCUCUUCUUUGCUGUAUCAAUUUUACUGUUCAUAAUUCUAGUAUUUUUCUUGAAUUUUGAUAUUGACGAACAGCUCAAACAUAAUAAACAAGAGCUUAGUACAAAUUUAAGUGCAAUGUAUGAAAUUCAACUGAAAGAUUAUGAAAAUCGUAUAAUACCCCAUUUGGGGGAAAAUGGAGAUCCUGCAUACUUAGAAGGUUCAGAUGCCAAAGAGGGAGAAAAAGCACUGAAAAAAAUUGCCCUUAAUUCAGUCUUGAGCGACAGAAUUCCUCUGAAUAGGAGAUUAAGAGAUCCUAGAAAUAAAAAAUGCCGACUGUUCUCCUAUGAUCCAAAGUUACAAGCUUCAAUUAUUGUGAUAUUUUAUAAUGAACAAUUUAGUGUUAUUUUGAGGACUGUUUGGAGUAGUAUAUUACAGACACCCAAACAUUUAUUGAAAGAGAUAAUUCUAGUUGAUGAUGGCAGCACUGAAAGCUCUCUUCACGGUUUACUUGACCAUUACCUAGCAACCCGUCUCUCCGACCAUCCAGUGAAACUAGUCAGAAUACCGAAACGGGUGGGUCUCAUUCGAGCACGUCUGGAAGGUGCCCGCAAGGCUGUCGGUGAUGUUCUGAUCUUCCUAGAUGCACAUUGUGAGACGACGGUAGGCUGGGCAGAACCUCUUCUACAAAGGAUAGAGGAAGACAGGACUGUUGUGUUGGUGCCGCUAAUAGACGUUAUCGAAGCCGACACUUUUGCUUACUCGACGGAUGGUGAGAGCAGCUUUCAAGUGGGCGGUUUUUCCUGGUCAGGUCACUUCACGUGGAUAGACGUCCAACCCAGUGAAGUAGAAGCAAAGAAGGCUGUAAAACCUGUGCGAUCGCCUACGAUGGCCGGCGGUCUGUUCGCCAUCAACAGAAAAUUCUUCUGGGAGAUCGGUUCGUAUGACGAGCAGAUGGAUGGUUGGGGAGGCGAGAAUUUGGAGAUGUCUUUUAGAAUAUGGCAGUGCGGAGGCAGACUGGAGACUAUACCGUGUUCCAGGGUUGGCCACAUUUUCAGGGCUUUUCAUCCAUAUACAUUCCCGGACAAUAAAGACACUCACGGGAUCAACACAGCGCGUCUUGCUCACGUUUGGAUGGAUAGCUAUAAACGAUUUUUCUUCAUGCACCAACCCUCAUUGGAAAAUAAUCCUAUCGUAGGAGAUCUCACGCACAGAAAACAGCUCAGACAGAAACUUAGGUGUAAAGAUUUUAAAUGGUACCUCGACAACAUAUAUCCCGAGAAAUUCGUACCGGACGAGAAUGUACAAGCAUACGGUCAAGCCCGCACUCCGUUUGAUAUGUGUUUGGAUGACCUGCAGCUACCAGAAGACAGAGCCGGACCACUUGGACUGUAUCAGUGCCAUCCCCGUCUAGAAAUUAGUCAAUUCUUCUCAAUGAGCGCGCGCGGGGAACUUAGGAAGGAAAAUGUGUGUGCUGAAGUUUUUAAUGACAGCGAGAUAUCUGCUCUACUGAACUGAGGAACAUCAAUACUUCUAUGGAUGUUCAGUUGACCGAAUGCCAUGGUCACAGAAGAGAACAGUACUGGAUACUGUAUAGAAAUGGAACAAUCCACCAUCCCAGUUCAGGCAAGUGCCUCAGCAACGAAAACGUCAGUAUGAGUCAUGGACUGAAAGUAGACACAUGUCGAGAGACGGUCUAUCAGCGAUGGAAGUUUGAUCACGUCAAUAUGACGGCCGUGUUAGUAUGAGAUGCUAAACUAUGCUCACUGUAUAACUUAUUUCGGUUGACUCAAGCUAGAAUCCAAGCCUGCAUGAAAAACUAUUAGUCUCAUCAUAUUAGCAAAUUUCCCCGAAAUAAUUGUAAAGUUGGUUUUAUUGUAGCAUUCAUGAUAAAUAAAUCUUCAACAAACAAACAAAAGUUGUUCAAGGGGGUAUUUAAAACAUGGACGCAUAAAAUUGGGGGAAAACUUUUUAAUUGACAACAAAGAAUGAGAAAACGCGUUUUCUGGGAUUCAAUCGAAAGUGUUGACAGGAACGAAAAAACUUUUCAUGUAAGAUUUUCUAGGUAUUUAUGAGACCUACGAAACGAGACCACACGUAAAAAGAUCCGACUAAUAGCAAAAAUAUUAUGGCCGAAAAAAGAGGCAAAAUGUAGGUUUUUGGCACUAAUGCGACGAUAAUUUCACGCGACGACUUGAAAUUCCUCAAAUCCGUAGGAUUCAUACUUCUAAAUAACAACAAAGUUGGAUUAUAUUGAUCCAGUAGUUUUAUGACAAUUUCUAAUUGUUUAUCCCAAAACACCUGUUUUCCGGCCAUCACUACUAGUUUAUUGAGCAAUAUACAAGGCUCGUUCAAAGAGCAUUUAAUAGUAAAAUACACGUGUUUGUUUACCUUGCCGAUAUGAAUCACCGGCCAUAACUUGUUUGCAGUUAGUCGGAUCUUUUUACGUCUCAUAAAUACCUAAAUGAAAUAUGAAGUUUUUUCGUUCCUGCCAACACUUUCGAUUGAAUGCUAAAAAACACGUUGUCUCAAUCUUUGUUGUCGAAUAAAAAGUUUUCCCACAAAAAUUGGUGUACCCAUUUUAUGCGUCCAUGUUUUGAAUACCCCUUGAAGAACUUGCAGCAAUAAAACCAGACUUUACAGUUAUUCCGCAAACCAGGGGCAUUUUCGUCUACGAUUAGACUAUAUAUGAUCAAAGUAAUUUUAUGUAGUCAAAUUCGAUUCUCUUUCUGUUUUCAUUGAUUGAUACAAUAUAUAAUUUUAAAACAAAGUCGACUGAAAUGAGCUUAAACAUUAUACUCAAUUUGUAAAGUUUUACCUCAUAGAGAUAAUACUCAAUGGUUGUUUUUGUUUUAAAGGAUCUAAAUAUUGACUUUUUGAGUCAAUUUUACUGCACUGUUCUUCCUGUUAUUAUAUAUCAAGAGACUUACUUUGUGAUCAAGAUAUAUUUUCAAAUGAAUAAGCUAUUUACUGAACUAUACAUCACCUGUUAAUCAUUUUUACUACAGUAUCAAAAUAAAUAUGUUGAUUCAA